CAGAGGCAUCCAGAAAGAUAUAAAUUCCUGGGCAAUUGUGAGCUGGAAGCUUAUACAAAAGCAGGGGUGAGAAGAACAGAAAGUCAACUUGCAGGCAGAAAACAGGAAUUCAUCAGUCCUUGUUAAGUCAUGACUGAAGUAUCUAUCUGGAAAGACAGUGAGAUCAGACGUGAAGAUUCUGUCAUGGGCUCGGGUCAGAAGGACAGCUUUGGACCAGAUCAGUUAUCUCCUAUUGGCCAGCACAAGUUCCCACCUGCUUUGACCCACAGUUCCAAGGAAGUCUGGAAGAAAGGAGGACGUGUCUUUUCAGUUCUGUUGGCCAUCAACCUGGUGCUGCUAGCCUGCACUUUAGUCAGUGGAGGGGCGUUCCAAGAAGUAGCCCUGCAUGACUAUGAUGUCUUUUUCAUGCUCACCAUUGUGAUGCUGAUCACCAUAACCUGGAUGCUCUUCUAUAUUUUUAGCACUUCCAAACGGCAGGCUGCCAUCCCCUGCAAGGACAACCAUGCAGGACCCAUCUGGCUUAGAGGAGGCCUGGUCUUGUUUGCAGUCCUCACACUCGUGAUGGAUAUAUUUAAGACGGGAUAUUACUCCAGCUUCUACCAUUGCCUGACAGUCAUCAAAAUCAUGUAUCCAAUUGUGCAAGCUUUGUUUGUGGUCAUCCAGACUUAUUUUCUCUGGGUGGCUGCCAAAGACUGCAUCCAUGUGCAUCUGGAUCUUACCCGAUGUGGCCUGAUGCUCACCUUGACCACCAACCUAGCAGUGUGGAUGUCAGCUGUCACCGACGAGUCUGUGCAUAAGGCUCAGUCCAAGAAUCCAAAUGCAAGCACUACACACAGAAUGGCUGGGUUUAGAAGUAGCACAUCUGAUAGUUGUCCUUGUGACACUAAUCUCUGCCAGAUCUUCCAGAAUGGCUAUUUUUGGCUAUAUCCCUUCAAUAUUGAGUACAGUCUCUUUGCUUCUGCCAUGGUCUAUGUCAUGUGGAAGAAUGUUGGCCGCCUCAUAGACCACCAUGCCAACCACGUCCACCAGCUCAAGUUCAGGCUUUUCAAAAGGACUUACUUUCUGGGCAUUGUUGCUGGUUUCUUGAUAAUGGUGACAGGCAUAGGUGUCCUGAUUGUCUAUGAGGUUCAGGUAAAUUCAAAGGACAAAUCUGAAGCAAAGACUGAUCAGGUCCUCACUAUGUACUACAUCUUCAACAUCGUUUGCCUGAGCCUGAUGUCCCUCGUCUCCAUCGGAGGCUCCAUCGUUUAUAGAUUUGACAAGAGAGACAUGGACCGUCACAAGAAUCCUACUAGAACCUUGGAUGUGGCCUUAUUGAUGGGUGCAGCCUUGGGACAAUAUGCCAUUUCCUAUUAUUCUAUUGUGGCUACAGUAGCCAGCAAACCAAGAGACACUAUAAAUGCCCUCAACUUGAGCUAUUCCUUACUGAUGAUUGCUCAACACACUUUCCAGAACAUUUUUGUCAUUGAAGGCCUCCAUCGACAACCCAUAGAAAAAGAGGACAAAGUUAACCCUCAGGAGAAGGAUAUCUAUGGGCUCACUUUUGUCAACAUGAAUGCUGUAUCCCUCCGUGUUCCUGAAAGUGGGAAUGCCUUAUCAUCCACUGCAUCUCCAGGGCUAGAAAUUCAGACCCCAUCUGAAGUAAUGCAAGCGGUCAAGGUCCGCACGAAAAUGAACUGGAGGCGAACAUUCUUAAAAGAGAGUUCCUUAUUCCUCCUCCUGUGCAAUGUGACUCUCUGGAUCAUGCCAGCAUUUGGAGCACGGCCACAGUUUGAUAACAAAACAGAGCUCACUUUCUAUGGCUACGCCAUGUGGGCUGCGAUUGUGGACAUCUGCCUGCCUUUUGGCAUCUUCUACAGGAUGCAUGCAGUGGCCAGCCUCCUGGAGGUCUACAUCAUGUCUUAA